AUGUGUGUUGAUUACAGGCUGGUUAAUCAGUUGAUCAAGCUAUCGCGAUACCCUCUACCUCUAAUUGACGACUUGCUGACUGACUUUAAUGCUGCGGCAUGGUUCAUGAGUCUAGAUAUGGCGAGCGGUUUCUGUGCGAUCCAGAUGACAGAGCGAGUGAAGUUGAUUUCGGCCUUUGUCUGCCCAUUCGGACAUUUCCAGUGGAUAUGGAUGCCUUUGGACUCAAGAACGCUAGUGUAUCAGAGUGUGAUGAAUAACUGUAUCUGGGGAUUUGUGCGGCUCCCGCCUGAGGAAGAUCGAGAUGUCCUGGAAUUUCUGAAGUUGACCGUCCCAGACACAGGACCGACGAUCGAAGAUCCUCAAGGCGAAGGUGGUUUCAGACUUCCAGAAUUGAUGAAGGAGGCGACUGCAUUCAGGCGAAACAUUCCGACCCCGACGCAGAUGGGACCGGUCCUGGAACGAAGCUUUUACAUAGGCGACAUAGCUCACGGGGCGCCUACCUGGGACACACUUUGUGAAGAUCUGAAUGCUCUGCUAUUCCGACUCCGAUACUGGAAUAUCUCGGUUAUAUGUGCCAAAGGCAUCAGAGCUACCCCGAAGAUCGCCAAGAGCGUUCAGGACCUGCCUUUCGUAAUCCAACAAGCGCAAGGGUUGAUAGGUUGCCACCAGCCUAAUCGGCAACGUCGACUUGCUGCGUAUGAAGCCUUGAAAGGGAAAUUUGGCUCCGUACAGUUGGUCCACGUUAAACGUGACUACAACCAGGCAACAGAUUACGUAACGACGAAGACAUUGGCACUCGAGAAAGCGUGGGUGGUGGAAGAUGCGGACGAACUGAUGUAUCUGAAAUUUGUCUCCAGGAUCCCGGAGAACAUUAUGAAGACCCCGGAAACGUCGGAACAAAUACACGACGCAAGUCAGAGUCUGAAGAGAUAUCGUUCAAGUGGCCUCAUUUCAGACCCUGCCCAAACGCGUCUGAGACAUCAGGUUGCCCAAGUAGAUGACCCGAGUCGGCCACUUGAUUAUCGAGACGAACGUUGGAGACGGAUUAAAGUCCAUCAGGAUGAGGAUCCAGAGCUAAAAAGGCUCAAGGAUUAUCUGAAAGGUGACCUGUUGAACUAUACGCGAAAGGAAGUCAAGAAAAUCGCGAAGGGUUCAUACCCGUAUGUUUUAGACUCAAGAGACGUCCUUUAUCGUUUGGCUGUAACUACCCCGGAACGUCCUAGGGACAAGCGUUCUGAACUUCGACUAGUUGUACCAGAAGCCUUGCGACCAGACAUCCUACACCACGCUCACGAGGAUUUCCAGAGUGGCCAUCAAGGUAUCACCAGGACAUAUGAGCGUCUGCGUUCAGAGUUUUUCUUGACCGGGAUGUUCCAAGACGUCGGAAUGUUUGUCAAGGAAUUGCUCGCUCUGGUCCCAAGAAUCUAA